AUGAUACAAAUUGAGAGUGGGCAUAACCUCUUUCUAUUUAAUACAGGCCGAGAAUCAGCUAUUGCAGACAGGCACAUUUUGUCAGAAAUAUGGAGGAACAGAAGAUUGAUGGCAUCGCCUAAUGGGACACAUGAAAGAAAGAACUGUACAGAGCCAGCAAUUAAUGAAUUUCCUCAAGAUAUAUUUACAAAUAAAGAACGGCAGCAAGGAGGGGUUCUGCUUCAUAUCCUUGCUGCUCUUUAUAUGUUCUAUGCUUUGGCUAUAGUAUGUGAUGACUUCUUUGUUCCAUCCUUAGAGAAAAUUUGUGAGAAACUACAUCUGAGUGAAGAUGUUGCUGGAGCCACGUUCAUGGCUGCAGGAAGCUCCACUCCAGAAUUGUUUGCAUCUGUUAUAGGUGUCUUUAUCACUCAUGGAGAUGUAGGAGUAGGGACUAUUGUUGGUUCAGCAGUUUUCAACAUCCUCUGCAUCAUUGGUGUCUGUGGAAUAUUUGCAGGACAGGUGGUUCAUCUCACCUGGUGGGCUGUGUUCAGGGACUCUAUGUACUAUACGUUAUCUGUGAUCGUACUUAUAGUUUUCAUAUAUGAUGAGAAAAUAGUAUGGUGGGAAAGCCUUGUACUCAUCGUUAUGUAUUCAUUCUACAUACUUACUAUGAAGUACAAUGUGAGGAUGCAAAAUUUCUUCACUAUCAAAAACAAGAAUGUUGGACAUGGUGACACAGUCAACAGUGAGCUGGAAGAUGGUAAUAAAUGUUAUGCCUCUAGUUGUGAUGACCCAUCCAUUCCAUUACUAUGGAAAGUGAAGGGGAUGCAGCAGUACGGCAAAAACAGUGUGGUCAUGGUGGAUGAGAUCAUCUGCUCCAGUCCCCCCAAGUUCCGGUUUCCUGAAGCUGGGUUACGGAUAAUGAUUACAAAUAAGUUUGGACCACGCACCAGAAUGCGGAUGGCAAGCCGUCUCAUCAUUAAUGAGCGUCAGCGGCUAAUCCAAUCUGCAAAUGGCUCAAGCAAACCGCUUCAGAAUGGGAAGCAUGAGAAUAUUGAAAAUGGAAACAUCCCUGUGGUGAACCAAGAGGAGGAAAAUGAGCAUGACAAUCUGUCUCCUUUUUCAUUGCCAGAUGGAAAAAUGAACAAAAUCAAAUGGAUUUUGACAUGGCCAUUGAUAUUCCUGCUCUUUUGCACCAUUCCAAACUGCAGCAAACCACGCUGGGAGAAUUUUUUUAUGCUGACAUUCAUCUUAUCCACUCUUUGGAUUGCCUUGUUUUCCUACUUUAUGGUGUGGAUGGUGACUGUGAUUGGAUACACCCUUGGGAUACCAGAUGUGAUCAUGGGCAUCACUUUCCUAGCUGCAGGAACAAGCGUCCCAGACUGCAUGGCCAGCUUAAUAGUAGCAAGACAAGGCCUUGGUGACAUGGCAGUAUCCAACACAAUAGGGAGCAAUGUCUUUGACAUUCUGGUGGGCCUUGGAGUUCCAUGGGGCUUGCAGACCAUGGUGGUUAAUUAUGGAUCAUAUGUUAAGAUAAACAGUAAAGGACUGGUCUAUUCAGUUGCACUUUUACUAGGAUCAGUGGCACUUACUGUGAUUGGAAUCCAUGUAAAUAAGUGGAAGCUUGACAGGAAAUUAGGCAUCUACGUUUUGUUUCUUUAUGCUAUUUUCUUGUGUUUCUCUAUAUUGAUAGAGUUUAAUGUCUUCACUUUUGUCAACUUCCCAAUGUGCCGAGAAGAACUUUAAACCAUAGUGAGGAGAGAGACUGAGAUUCUUUUGAUUACAUGUGCUGUAAAUGACAUGAGACACUGGACAUUUCUACCGUGUCUCUGUCAAUAAUUUGAGUGUCGUUCCUGCUUCAUCAGCUAACAAGCACUUUUACCUGCGUGGAAGGAAAACAUAUCUUUCUUUUAACGUGCUCACUUGAGGCAACCAAAGCAUUUUCCUCCUCUUUGGAUAUUGCUGCUCAGUCAUACAGCUGUGUGAAUCUCAUGCAGAACUCUCAAAUGUCCCAUUUCUGGGAUAUAUUGCUGUGGUUUUCGUUCUCUUGCAGACAAUCAAACACCCUCACCAAGGUUAAUAAAAGGACUGGAGAAAAACCUUUAUAGUGCUUUUGUUUUUGACAGUUACUGUCCAUGGAAGAAAAAGAGGCAAGUUCAGAACUUUUCUUGGCUCAGUCAAAAUAUCUCAACUACAGGACCAGAAAGUCCAAGGCACAUAUCAUGGCAUGCACUGUUGAGGACCUCAUUUCCCCCUUCAAGUGCUCUGCUUAUAGAGGAACUGCAUGGACAGUUUUUGAUGGUAAUGUUGACUAUUUAUCACUCUUUUCAAUGACCAUGAACAACAUUGCAGAGAAAGAAGAGGAAAUGAUUGACGUUGUAUCACUUUUGAUGAUGCACACUAAAAGUAAGAAUAUCUGAAUACUGAAGAAGAAAAUUUCAUGCAGAGAUUCAUACUUGAAAAAUAUGUUUUACCAUUAACAAGAAUGCCAUAUGCAUAAAUAUGAACUGACGUUUGGAAUAUUGCACCAUGAGAUAAAUUUUGCAUUGGCCCUGGUAAGCAACCUUUGUAAAUUUAGAAGAAACUAAACAAAUAAAAUCCAGCUGGGUGCUCAGUAACUAUUAGUUAUUGUUAUCAUCUGAGAAUAGUAUCUUAACACUAUCCAGGCUUUCUGACAAUAAAACCUACCCUGGAUAUGAUUUGAUUUGAUUGGUGGGGAAAGGAGCUUAUUUCAUCAUUAAUGUAUUAAUCAAGAAACUAGUGUAUUCUUCUCCAUUUUUUAUAUGUUCCUGGAAGCUUAAUGAAGAUAGGUGUCUGAUGCUGAGCAGUGCAGAUAAGAAACAGCUAGGACAAAAGCAAAUCUAUCAGGAGAAUUUGAUCCUUGAUUUGAUUGCAUGCAAGUUUUAAAGCAUUAUAUGCUUCUUUAUUAACCCCUAGGUUUUGAUAUCCUUUCCACCAGCAUAAAUCUGAUAAAAGGAAUUACUCUGGAUGAUCAGCAAGAUAUGGUCCAGGGUAUUAAGAAUAUUGGAUAACAUUCCACAUUGUAGUAGUCAUAUGAUUUAGAAUCAUAUGAUUGAGAAAUGAACAUAUUUUAAAACUGCUACUAAACUUUAAAAAUAUCUUAAAGUUGUAUAUGAAUGAAAGAGCACAUAAAGUUUUUGAAGAAGCACAGUUGACUUUAUACAUAGAUUUUUUUAAUUUUUUAAUGUUUAUAAAGCAAAUCUAUCAACUACAAGCUGAUACAUUUUUAAAUAUAUUAAUAUUUUGCACUUUAGACUAUAUAUAAAAAUUCCCAUUAUUGCGUCAAUGAGAAUAUACUUUAAAACUUCGGUAGACAAGCACUAACUCAGAAAGUUCUUUAUUUUGCCAUAUAUGACAAAUAAUUCCUUUCAAACAGUUCACAUGUCAAACAAUGUUUACACCGGGCAAUGUGUUUACAGUUAAGGCUAUUUUAAAAACUAUUUUGGUACAAAUUAAGGAGUGUAUUUUGCUGUUGAAUUUUAAUAGGAAUUGGAUCCUUUCAAAAUAAUGCUAAGGAAAAAAAGGACGAUAUAUGUGAUAUUUGCUUCACGCUUGUUACAGAUGUCAGUAUUAGUAUCCAGUUAAGGUUUGGGAUUUUUCACCUUAAUUAGAUAGUUAAACUUAUCAAUCCUAACAAUGACAACAAAUCUGUCAUUAUUAAAAUGCUUUAUUGACUAGACAAGCAUGACAGUAGACGUAUUUGUCCUCAAGUAGGCAGAUGACCUCUUUCCUGGCAUUCAAGACAUUUUUGCUACAGUGUAAAGCAGAAGAGCUUGAAUUCAUGUUCAUCUUCAUGAGCGUUCUGUUGCAGAAGAGCUGCGAAGAUGCAGCACGCUGCUACACACUGUAGGAGCAUUCCUCUCACGCCUCACUCUCUUCCCUGCUACCUUUCGGGAGGAUGGUUUGCUGCUGAUACUUUUGGGAUGGCUUAGGUAUGAAAAAAGUAGAGGUGGAAGCUGAGUUAAAUGGGUUCUUCCUAGGUUCUGCCUUUGUGUGGUCUUGGAGAAGUAGCUGCCUCCAAGCAAACAUUUGCUCUUCUAUGCACAGUACAGGCUGCCCGGAUGUCUUUAUACUACGAAAGAGUAGUUCCAAAAUCUGGUUUUGAAUGUCUAGUGAUAACCUGAGUUGACAGUGGUGAGGGCAUCAGUUUUUACAGUGCCAGACCCAGCAAAUUGUACUGUACCUUAUAUUUCUGAGCCAGGCAACUUUCAGAGUAGGGACGCCAAUUUGUUCCAUAGCAGCUGUUCCCCAGCACAAAAACAGGUGAAGUUGCUUACUAACGGCAUGAAUCCUUGAGAUGUUAUUUCUGAUUGUUCUGUCUAAAUUGAUACCAUUUUUGUGGUUGAAAUAUCACCUGCACCAGAAAACUAGUGUGUUUUGUCGUCGCCAGAGACAAUCCCAUAAGGUAAUACUGACCUUAAAUGUCAUGGUUGGUCCUGUCAUCUCUUAGUCCUCACUAAAAUGCAGACCCACUUCAGGACAAUUUAUAUUGAAUUGUAAUGCUGCACCUCCUGAGGCAGUGUCACAUGCACCUUCUGUUCAGAUACAAAUAUCCUGCCAUGCUUAUCAUUAUGUAUAAUGUUAAUAGAAUUUUCCUCGAACAGCACCAUAGGACCAGAGAUUUAUUGUUUGCCAAAGAAUUAUUAGACACUAUAUCAGGGCCUUGAUGACACAAAAUAAUGUGAAGUAGUUUAUUCUAAAGAGUCCCUAUACAGACGUUAUCCAUAUGCUAAAAUAAACAAAGACAAGAGUUAUGGACCAAGCCAUGGAGAAAAACUGGUGUGGGAAAGACGACUGACAGAUUGUUGCAUGUCAGAUACACCUGCUUCAGAAUAUGUCAGUUUUUCAGGAAGAUAUUGCUGAGUAACAGCGGACUAGUGCCUUUCACGUGUACAAAAAAUUUGCUCAUAUGAUCAGGAAACCUCCUCAAAUUUUACAGUUUUGCAAGCAAGAAAAGCAGUGAUUUGUGCUUGACUCUCUGGAAUUAGUACAGUUUUAUAUCACAUCUAUUCAGGUUGUAUCUGUAAAAUUUUGUAGCCAUUUUGUUCUGCUAACCAUUGCAAAAAUUAGCUGUUUGAGUUUGGAAUGUAUGUCACAAUGUUGUAUAAGUUAAUGUUCAGCUCAAGAGUGAAACGAAAGCUGGUGGAUGUGAGAGGGAAAACUGUUACUGUGAUCUGAAAAUUGCCAGCAUGCUAACACUGUAAUACAGCUCGGAAAAAGACAUCCCACAUCCAGCAAAGCUUAACUUUAGUAGGAUUGAUUGCAUGCUUAAAGCUAAGUGUGUAUCCAAGUGCCUUGCUGGAUAGUGUCCUAGGAUGACAGCUGAGCAUUUUCUCUGGGUUUUGUAUCACAUUCAGAUUCUUUCAUACUUUAUUGGUUCUGUAGUCUAAACAUUUUAUUUCUUCCUCAAACAAAAAGGGUUGACUAGAGUCUAUGGACUUCUGCUCUGCCGUUAUCACUUUAGAUUUACAGUGUUGUUAAUAAAAGGAGAACCUUGUCUGAGAGACAACUUCAAAAAUGUGUGCUUGUCCAGGUGCACGAGGAGGAUGAAAACUGAAUUACAGCAGGCCGAGAAGAGCUUUCUAAGAGGUCUUUUCUGCUACAAUUCCAUUGGAGUAAUACAGUCCCGUGUAGACCUGCAGGGUGAAAUCCUGUCUGUAGUAAUCCAGUGGGAGUUCUUCUAUUGAAUUCAGUGGUGUCCGAUUCCAUUAAUAGACCGUAACAGUUAUACUGCAUUACCGAGUUGUGUGAUAGAGGUCCCACUCCAGGUACUCUGACUCCCACUUAUGCAUGGAGAGUAUUGCCUGAGUAAGGAUUCUGAGCUCAGGAUCUACAUGUCUAAACCUAAAUCUGAAAAGCUAGAGUUGGGCUUAUCUUCAUGAUUAUUUGAUGAUCUAAGGGCUGCUCUCUAGGUUGUGGUCCAGCCUCAAAGAACACCUUAAGUCUUCCCCACAGGUACAGCAGAGUCAACCAUUUUUCUCCUGGCUCAGUCACAGGUGUGCCAAUUUUAUUUUAUUUUUAUGUUUCCUGCAGUUGGGAGAAACACAUAAUUAGUUCCUGAUUUUAGAUUAUGUUUGUAAACAUUCUGUCGACAUGUAAAGAAUACGGAAAAGAUUUUUUUCCUAGUCUAAUUCUUAUAUAGCAAUUAUAGAGAAGAUUCUGUCCUGUCUUUGAAUCCCUUUGUGACUGUGCUUUAAUUGCACGCCCAAUUUCUAUUAUGUAUUUGCUCUAGUUGCAGAAUUCUCUCAUGAGUUUUGCCGUCUUCCAUUCUUGGUUUUCUUGCAAGUGUAAUGCCAUUUAUUUGUGUACUGCAAUUAGAUGUUUUUGAUAGAGUGUUUUAGGUUAUAUAAAUACUGCCUGUUUAUUCAUGCCAAGGAAAGAUCAGACCUUCUAAUGUAACGUGAAACAGACACUAAAAUAACAUUGAUAGCCGGGUGAAACCAAAGAAUCUUGCUAACUAAAAUGCAGCACCUUUGAAAGUAAUAUUCUAUUGUUACAAGCUUCAGAUCCUUCAGUUAUUGGUGUUUAGGCAUUCAAAAGAAAAUCUCUGUACUCUUGCACUUCCUACACAUUUUCCUUUUUAUUUUGAGUCUGAACUCUCUAGAUUUUUCAAAAUUUGUUGGCUGGUGAGAUUUAUAUGAUUACGGAUUAAUGACAGCAUUUAGUCCCAGCAAUUCUGUACUAACCCCACUUGCAGCUUUAUUAUUCAUAUGAACUCUUUUGAAAACUGUAUACACGUGAUCAGUGUUUUACUGAAGAAAAGAAUGUUGUCAUUCAAAUGGCAGGUGCAUUCCAGUUUCUUUCCUAGCAUGCACAUGUUUAAAAAUUUCCUUGUGAAUAACUUGAGUAUAUAUUUUCCACACAGUAGCAGAGCACAGAGCACCUUUGUGUGGAGUUCUGGUAUUUUUUCCCCAGAGAAAGCUGUGAGAUCCUACUCAUCCAGGUCCUGAAAUCUGAGAUACAUAUAGCUCCUUCUCCACAGGCUGAGAUGUGUAAAGAUUGUGGCAAUUUGUGUAUCACGUGUUCUGCUUGCUACCAUACUUAACGAUAUACAAUGCACUAUCUGAAAGAAGUGAAUGAUUAUAGGAAAUUAAUAUCAUUUUGAUAUUUCCUUAAAGGCAAUUACCAGUAUGAAAUUAAUCUCCCUUUUUCCCUAUUAUUCUUGCACGAAGAAUGUAUGUAAUCGUCGCUCUCUUAUUGUUGAGAUGAUCUUGGUAGAUUUGAAAGGCAAAUGGGAAGGUUGUUACAUAGCAAUAGGGAAUUGUGAAAAAAUCUGAAGGUAUCGGGAUAUAUUAAAACUGGACAGGCACAGUCUCUGGAAAGACUAAUACUCACUGAGAUGCAUGUUUUUAGAGGGUUUUUGCAGCAAGAUUAUGGUCUUUAUUCAAUUACUAGUUGCAUAUGCAAAGAACACUUGUAAAUCUGCUUGCCCAGCAGCGUCUUUGUUCCAAAUGGCUGAAUCUCUGCAGCAAAGUUGUCAUCAAAUUCUUGCUUUCAUGUUCUUGGGAAUGGUGCCAGUUCUCAUCAAUGUCCUGAUCACUGGCACAAACUUACGUCAGUGGAACUGAGUAGAAUUUGGCUCCCACUAUCUGUUGCAAGCAAGUAUUUGAAAUCAUUUAGGAUGACUGAAAGAACUUCUGAACCUUUUAAAGUUUCCUUUGUUUCACACCUGCAGGCAUUUGCAAUGCGUCUUUGGGAAGUGCAGUACCUCUUUAAAUAUUAUUAAAACUUUCUAGAACUGCUUACUUUGAAAACAGAAAGGGAUGAGUUUGUAAACUGUAAAUAACACAAAUCUAUUUAUCAUGUUAUUUAUUUUUUCAAAGACUGUGACCUUAUGCACUGUGAAUGCUCUGUGAUAUGGGGUCCUUUGUACAGAUACAUAUGUCAUGAAAUCCAAACGAAUUUAAUGUGAUAAUUUGUUAAAAAAUGUUGGCAUGAUAUUUGAUUAUUUUUAUUGUGAAAAUUUUAAAAAAUAGUUAAAAUGAGCUGAACAUUUAUAAAAAAUUCUAGCAGUCAGUAUUGUAACGCACUAUAUAUCAACAUAUGUACACUGUCAAUAAAACAUAGAAGAACUACA